AUGGGAGCUCUUCUACUUUUAUUAGCGCUCUCAUUUUCAGUUCAUAAGAUGUCACUUGCAAGGGAUACCAUUAGCUCCACUCAGUCCCUCAAAUAUGGUGACACCAUUGUUUCUUCUGGUGGAAUCUUUGAGAUGGGCUUUUUUAGCCCUACCAAUAAUCCUUCUCACAAUAACAUCUAUGUUGGCAUAUGGUUCAAGCAAAUGUCUAUUCGCACUGUAGUUUGGGUUGCCAACAGAGACACUCCCCUCACUAAUACAUCAUCAGUAGCCUUGCAGAUCAUCAGUCCAGGCCGGCUAGCUCUAGUCGAUGGCAACGGUUCUCAAAUCUGGCGUACUAACAUCACUUCCGGUUCAGUUCAGAAUAAUCCAGUUGCAAAGUUACUGGAUUCUGGGAAUCUGGUGGUGAAGGAUGCCAAUGCCAAUUUCCUGUGGCAAAGUUUUGAUUAUCCAACUGAUACUCUAUUGCCAGGCAUGAGAAUUGGGAAGAAUUUGGUUACUGGUCUUGAGAUUAGUGUGUCAGCAUGGAAGACAGAAACUGAUCCAGGUCCAGGACAAUAUAGGACUUCCUUUGAUCCUACAGGGUUUCCACAAAUUGUGUUCUGGAAAGGUGGAAACAAAAUGUAUCGAUCCGGUCCGUGGACUGGUUCGAGCUGGAGAGAUCUACAAAAAUGGGGUCUAUUUGUUGAAACUUCAGUAAUCAUUAAUGCAACUGAGGUUAUGACAAGGCAGUUUUCUAACACCUCAAAAUUAAUCAGGUUUGUCCUCACAAGCUCCGGGACUUUACAAUUGGAUAUAGGGGAAAAUGGGACAGGUAAAUGGAACAGUUUCCCUCUUGUACCAAUAGAUGGUUGUGAUAAAUAUGGAAUAUGUGGUCCCUAUGGGAAUUGUGACAAUAACAAAAACCCUGUUUGUGGAUGCCUGGAUAAAUUUGUGGCUAGAGAUCCAGUAGAAUGGGGAAGUUCAGAUUUCUCAGGGGGGUGUGUUCGAAGGAAACCUCUGAAUUCAUCAUCCUCAGAUGGCUAUGGAUUCAAGAGAUACUCAGGUGUUAAAUUGCCAGAUACAAAUGUUUCAACAUUCCAUAAGAAUAUGACCCUUCAAGAGUGCAAUCAUGCUUGCUUCAACAAUAUCUCUUGCAUGGCUUAUUCAACUCUAAUUAUAAGCAACGGAGAAAAUGUCUGCUUGCUUUGGUUUGAUGAUUUGAUGGACAUUAGAGUGGUAGUCAUACCUGAGGACGGCCAAGAUCUUUACAUUAGGAUGGCUUCUUCUGAUUCAGAUUAUCCAUCAAGAUCAAAGGGCAAGAAAUUAAAAAUUAUAAAAUUGAGUUCAUCAAUAUUGGGUGGAAUUCUGGUGCUGAGCUUGGCCUCGACUCUGAUCAUAAUAUUGUAUCGACGAAAAAGGGAGAAGAUCCAUUUAAACUUGAAAUGGGAAGAAGAUCAAACAUUAUUUGAAGUAUUGACAAUAACCAGAGCUACUGAUAACUUUUCACCAGAGAACAAGAUUGGAGAGGGAGGAUAUGGACCUGUUUACAAGGGUGUUCUGGAUGAUGGAAAGGAAAUAGCCGUGAAGCGACUUUCAAAGACAUCUAAGCAAGGGCUUGGAGAAUUUAAAAAUGAAGUCAAUUCUAUUGCCAAACUUCAACAUAGGAAUCUUGUGAAACUUCUAGGAUGGUGCAUUCAAGGAGAUGAAAUGAUGUUGAUCUAUGAAUAUAUGCCAAACAAAAGCCUUGACUCAUAUAUAUUUGAUACUCAAAGGAGAUCAUUUCUUGAUUGGCCAAAACGCUUUAACAUUAUUAAUGGAAUUGCUAGAGGCCUUUUGUAUUUGCACCAAGAUUCUCGACUAAAAAUUAUUCAUAGAGAUCUCAAAGCUAGCAACAUUUUGUUGGAUAUUGACAUGAACCCAAAAAUAUCGGACUUUGGCUUGGCAAGGAGCAUUGGAUUAAAUGAGACAGGAGCAAAAACAAACCGAAUUGUUGGAACGCUUGGUUAUAUGUCUCCGGAGUACGCAGGACAUGGGAUCUUCUCUACUAAAUCAGAUGUGUUCAGUUUUGGUAUCUUGGUACUAGAAAUUGUGAGUGGGAAAAGAAAUAGGGACUUUUCUCAACACCAAGAUCACUAUGAGAACCUUGUUAGCCAUGCAUGGAAGCUUUAUAGAGAUGGUACAUCAAUUCAACUUGUAGAACAUCAUCUAGAUGAACCACAUAAUUUGCUUCAAGUUCUAAGAUCAAUUCAAGUUGGGUUGUUAUGCGUUCAACACUGCCCUGAAGAUAGGCCAAGCAUGUCUUCCAUUGUUCAUAUGUUAGCUAAUGAUGUUCAAUUACCCAUUCCUAAAGAGCCAGGUUUCUUCACAGAGAAAAGGGUAAUUGAACCCAGUUCUUGCCUAGACAAAGAAAAAUCUUUUUCCAUAAAUGGACUCACCAUCUCAUCAGCGUUCCAUCCUCGUUAA